AUGAGAACGCGUGCCGUAGAAGAUGUAGCAACAACCCCCUGCAUUCUUCCACAAACAGUUUUACUCGCAGCUGGUCUCGACACAUUAGCUUGGCGUCCAUCAAUUAAUCAGCAAGAACAACCUUUACAGGACAUCUACGAAAUUGAUCUAUCACAAAUGUUCUUGGAUAAAUUUGAAAAACUGGCGAGUAUUCCAAAAACAAAUACGGGAAAACAUGUUUAUAUUCAGUCAGAUUUAACUGGUGACAAUUGGAAAGAUAAAUUAUUAUCAAAUGGUUUUCAGAUGUCUCUACCAACAGUUUGGAUUAUGGAAGGACUACUCUACUACUUAACUUUAGAUCAGACAAGGAAAUUUUUUCAAAUAAUCGACAGUCUAUCGUGUAAAAGUUCACGUUUCUUCUUCGAUCAUCUAAAGACGCCGCUAACAAACGAAAUGCUACUGGCUGUGAAAAGAAAGUUGUUGAAUAGUUAUAUGGACAAUCCGAAAGAAAAUGAACUUGCGUGGCUUGCCGAUAAAUAUGACUGGAAUAUUGAAACAUUUCUUGAUUUUAAUCACAGUGGUGAACAUUACGGACGAAAAUAUGAAGCUUACAUUGCAGAUGGAAAACAAGGAGGGAUCCACUUUGUGCGCGGUAUCAAAACUUGA